AUGAGGCAGUUGAAAUGGAAUGAUGAGCUCCGACCGGCUUGUCUGCCUCAACCAACAGCAGAAGACUUUAGCGGAAAUAUGGCUACGGUUGCAGGCUGGGGAUUCACGAGUGAAGACAGAGCUAAAGGAUCAAGGCCAGAUAUACUACAGAAGACCAGCGUAUUGGUGGUGACAAACGAGGAAUGUAACGAGUGGUAUCAGUCCCAGGGAAGUAAAAUCAAGGUUAUAUCUACACAAAUGUGCGCCGGUCAUGAAGACGGAGGCAGAGAUUCCUGUUGGGUAAGUAUUUGGUAUUAUGUCGUUGAAUUCUCUAUCUACGAAAGAUAUAGGGAAUUGGAUAUAAUAGGAAGAUAA